ACAAAGAGCCGAGUCAUCUUUUGCUCUCAAAUCUUCUGCACUGCACCUCUUCCAUUUCUCCAGUUCAUAGUGAGCAGAACCACGAUCCGUAGCCGAAUCGGAUCGCUGAAGGCGAAGGUUUGGAAAUGGCGUUGGCGUUCGAUGAGUUCGGACGGCCGUUCAUUAUACUGAAGGAGCAGGAGCAGAAGACGCGUCUUCGAGGUCUCGAUGCUCAGAAGGCCAACAUUGCCGCUGGAAAGGCUGUGGCUCGGAUCCUCCGUAGCUCUCUCGGACCCAAGGGAAUGGAUAAGAUGCUUCAGGGACCCGACGGAGACGUCACCAUCUCGAAUGAUGGUGCAACCAUCUUGGAGCAAAUGGAUGUCGACAACCAGAUUGCCAAGCUGAUGGUUGAACUCUCCCGAAGUCAGGAUUAUGAGAUUGGUGAUGGCACGACUGGUGUUGUUGUCAUGGCUGGCGCUCUUUUGGAGCAGGCUGAGCAUCUUCUAGAUAGGGGGAUUCAUCCUAUCCGUAUUGCUGAUGGAUAUGAGAUGGCUUCGCGAGUGGCUGUUGAAAAUUUGGAGCGUAUAGCACAGAAGUUUGAAUUUGAUGCUAAUAAUUUCGAACCGCUGGUUCAAACCUGCAUGACGACUUUAUCCUCUAAGAUUGUGAAUCGGUGCAAGCGCAGUUUAGCUGAGAUUGCUGUUAAAGCUGUUCUUGCUGUUGCUGAUUUAGAGAGGAAGGAUGUUAAUUUAGACUUGAUAAAAGUGGAGGGAAAAGUUGGGGGUAAGCUGGAGGACACUGAGCUUAUAUACGGCAUUGUCGUCGACAAAGACAUGAGCCAUCCGCAAAUGCCAAAAAAAAUUGAAGAUGCAAAGAUUGCUAUUUUGACAUGCCCCUUUGAGCCGCCUAAGCCAAAGACUAAGCAUAAGGUGGACAUUGACUCUGUCGAGAAGUUUGAGACUUUACGUAAGCAAGAGCAGAAGUAUUUUGAUGACAUGGUGCAAAAGUGCAAGGAUGUUGGUGCUACACUGGUUAUAUGUCAAUGGGGAUUCGAUGAUGAAGCAAACCAUCUGUUGAUGCACAGGAAUUUGCCUGCCGUCAGAUGGGUUGGGGGCGUGGAACUAGAACUUAUUGCAAUAGCAACAGGUGGGAGGAUUGUUCCUAGAUUUCAGGAGUUGUCCCCAGAGAAGUUGGGGAAGGCUGGCUUGGUUCGUGAAAAAUCAUUUGGCACAACAAAAGAACGUAUGCUGUAUAUUGAGCACUGUGCGAAUUCAAGGGCUGUCACCAUAUUCAUCCGGGGAGGUAACAAAAUGAUGAUAGAAGAGACGAAGCGCAGUAUCCAUGAUGCUUUAUGUGUCGCUAGGAAUCUCAUCCGCAACAAUUCGAUAGUAUAUGGUGGUGGAGCAGCCGAGAUUGCUUGCUCUCUUGCUGUUGAUGCGGCUGCAGAUAGAUACCCGGGCGUUGAGCAGUAUGCUAUUCGGGCAUUUGCAGAAGCUCUGGAUUCCGUCCCUAUGGCUCUUGCCGAAAACUGUGGCUUGCAACCCAUCGAGACUCUCUCUGCAGUUAAAUCUCAGCAAAUUAAGGAGAACUUUCCCUUCUAUGGAAUCGACUGCAAUGACGUAGGAACAAACGAUAUGAAGGAGCAAAAUGUAUUCGAGACACUUAUCGGAAAGCAGCAGCAGAUAUUACUUGCGACACAAGUCGUUAAGAUGAUACUGAAGAUCGACGAUGUUAUCUCUCCAGCCGACUUCUAAUAGGUUUUGUUGUGUUGUGCCUUCCUUCACUGCCCGCCCAAUCUCUUUGAGGUUUUUGCUUACUCUCUCUAGCGUGUGAUACUUUUAACACUACACAAUGCUCUUCCAUAGUUCCCUGUCUUUCUUCUGGUUGGUGUGUGUUGAUUUUGAUUUGCCCAUCAUACAUUAAGAUAUGGAAUGAGAUUUCGUUCUUGGAGUAGUGUU